AUGUCAUGCACGCCUGCCGACAGCAGAAGUAGCCCCACAGACCAAGUGCCAAGAGACGAAGGUGAUACUCAGGGUUGUGCACUAGAAGAGGACCUACUUUCACAAUGGAACGGUCGUCAUGAGAACGAGAUUGUGACAACCGAGAAGGUUGUGAUCGUUGCCGUAAACGAAAGACCAGGUGUGAUCGCGUUAACCCGUGUUCGCAAUGCAUCAAAACGGGAUCGCAGUGUACCUACCAGUUUGGCCAGAAAGCCAAGGAAAAGCGCCAACGGGUCCUCAUCUCGAGUGUAUAGGCUUAUACGCAAGUCUAUGUAUCGAGUCACUAAAUCACCAAUUUGCAACAUCAGCGAGAGUAGAAUGGAGCACAUUUCGAACAAAAUUGACGACCUCAGUGAGAUGAUGAGGCAUCUAAGUCAUGAGCGGUCCAGUAACAGUAACAGUGGCUUGGCGACUUCAGCUGGAAUGCAACCCCCAUUACAUUCCUCGCUUCGGUCUAAUGAGUCGCGAGUUGCUUCCAGUGAUAAUAAAACAGGGGCUACAAACCACCACCAGCCUUUAGCGGAAGCUGGAGGCAUCGAAUCGACGCUAUUCGCCCAUGUCAUCUUCGCAACUAGGUUUCUUCAAACCGUCGUGGCGAAUGACCCAUACUCGAACGUCGCCGCCGAAAUGACCUCGGUGCUGGAUGCCCUGCGGAGCACGGUCAACGUUCAGAAGCAACAGAAUGAGACGCUGGAAGGUUCACAUCCAUUCUCGAAAGCGCUUCCUCCAGGUCUUAGUUCCAGGGAUCUGCCUAUACCUUCUAUGGACCGAAUCCUGGCAUGCUUAAGGAUCGCACACGUUGCGCCGUCUGCUAACCCUUCAGAAGAACGGUCGUCCAAUGAGGUCUAUUGGCCUUUCGAGUUUGGAUCUCUGGGUGACUUUACCCAAUACGUCAUCAAGGCCUGCUCGCCCGGACCAGUGACGGAUAUGGAGCUGAUAAUUGUCCACUAUGGGCUUGAUUUGCUCUUCACUGAGUGCUCGAGUGUCACUGGAAACGAUGCAGUCAAGCAGGAGUAUGAGGCACAAGCACUCAUCUGCAGCGACAGCCUCGAAACAAUCCUAUCUAGCCUCCCCUUCCACAUCACUACGAAUAUAGUCUCGGUGUGUGCUAUGUAUAUGGCUACUACUUACUGCCUCAAACAUGGCAAACCCUUCGCGGCGUGGGCGUUUAUUUCUAGGGCUUCACUCAUGGCUCAGGCCCUUGGGUUGCAUAGCAAGCUUGUUAUGGCAACCGAGCCCACAGAAGAAGCACGGCGGGGAAUACGACUGUUCUGGGCUCUCUAUGCCCUUGAAAAGGCAGUGUCGCUACGUCUCGGUAGGCCCUCCACUAUCAGAGACCACGACAUCACAGUGCCGCGACUGCUGCUCGACCGAAAUAUGACUUCCUUACUACAUAACAGGCUGUCUGACUGGAUCGAUGUGGCUAGCCUCUAUGGACGAGUGUAUGACAAUAUAUAUAGCACAAGUGCGCUAUCGCAGCCGGUCUCCCUUCGAGAAUCUCGUACGAGAGCCCUGGCUGCUGAGCUCAAGAGAAUAAUGGCCUCAAGAGUGGAGUUCUAUUCCGGUCCCUCCUCUUACCCUCGGGCUAAUUUUGGGGUGCAGAAACGGCCAAAUCAGUGGACUAGCCAUGUGGCACAUCCAGGGCCGAGUAGAUUCAUCAUCCAUGCAAACAGAGCCAUCGAGUACUCUAUACUAGCCUCCAUAUAUAGAGGAAUUCCGUCGGGAAAAUCUUCAAGCUUGGCGCCUUGUCCGGAAUGCAUCUCAGCUGCGAGAGCCACGCUCAAGGAGACCGAAGUGUGCAUUACCAUGCUCACAGACGCGGCGUUGUGGUCCCCCAGCCUCGACUUAUGGGUCAACGAAAUCAUCUUGUUAGCACCAUUCAUGCCCUUUUUAAUCCUGUUCUGCAGCGCCAUUGAGACACUCAACUCGUCCGACAUGGAUCAACUACAACAAUUGGUUGUCAGCCUGCAGUCGAUGGCACAAUCCUCUCGCUAUUCCGCCUGCAGUAAACAACUACGAAUUUUCAAGGCCCUGUAUGACGUUGCCGCGAAGUACGUCGAGGCCAAAGCGAAAGGACAAUCAGGAGAGAUGAUCAGUGAUCCCUUUACCGAUCUGGACAUGGAUAGGUACCUGAACGGCAACACUGUUUGGUUUGGUGCUGAUUCAAACUCCCCUGAGUUAUUCACGGCACCGGAUACUUGGUCGCUCGAUGGGGCUCACACGCCUGCGGCGGCUUCUUCGGCUGGAACAACGGAGGACCGAGGCCAACGACUCAUGAACCAAGCGUCAAGCUUUCAGCCAAGAGCGACUAUGUCGGCAAUGCAACAGCAGAUGCCUGAUGAUUUGGAGCUGGAUACUCCAGGGGUCCAGCUGGGAAAUUGGUUCCAUCAAAGUCAUCAAAUGAUGAGGCUCCUGGAUGACUCUUGA